CAAGGUCAUGACCCUGCUCUCAGAGUUUCUGUUCAAGUGAUAACCUAUGCAAACGGAAAAAUAAUAGAUACUUAAUCUAGUGCAACAAGAGCGAAACUCCAUCUCAAAAAUUAAAUUAAGUUAAAUUAAAUAAAUAAAUAAAUACUGCAAUGAAGUAUGUGAGGAAGUUGCCUCCACCCUAGGAAGGGAAAUGAUAAUUACAAUUCCUUACAUGUCUAACAGCAGUGUUACAGAUUGCAAAGCACUUUGGUGCUUAGCAUCUCAGCUAACCAUUGGAACAGUAAUUUGGUAGAAUGCAGAUUAUCACACUCACCUGACUGGAUGUUACAAAUACUAAAAGCUAUAAAGCACCAGGCACUCUUCCCAACGAAAGGGUGGGAUGGGAUAGUUCAUAGGUAAACCCACCGAGGGUUGGCGACUAACCUAAAGGAUUAACAGCACCGUUUUUGUUUUUUGUUUUUAACACUCAAUACGUCCUAGAUCCUGUGCUAAGGGAUUUACAAACAUCAUCUAAUUUGAUUCCCACCUGUCUAUGAGGCAGGUACUGUUAUUAUCCCCAUUUCACAGAGGACAAAAGUGAAACACAGAGGUAACGGGUAAGGUCACCUUGCCAGUGGGGGCGAGACGUGAACCUAGGCAAAUUGACACAACGCCUACACUUUCUUGUCCAAGGUCACGACAGUGUGAGGUAGGCUGGGGAAGGGAGGGCGCUGACCUGUCAGAUACUUGUUCCUGGGUGAGCUUCUUGUCGCUCUCCAGCAGGAUGGACACGUAGUGGCGGAUCAUGCCUACGAAGAGUGAUAACGAUGGGUAGGACCACCCAGAGGCAGAUGUUGGAGUCAAGCAACAGUUCUGGCCCUGCCAUCUUCACUGAAAGCUGGCUCCCAGCCGGUGAUGGGCGAGCUUCUCUUCACCGGGGCGCAGUUGCUUCUCUCUGACGUCGCCUCUGGGCCUUCUCUCGCCCCUAUGCCCGGCUAGCACAGAACUCUGCUGCAGCGGUGAGCCCAGCUUAUUGCCUUCAGCUGGGCUGCCCGGCCUUCCACUUCCGGCGCGGAAGUUGGCGUCACGUCAUGGCGCGCCUCGGUGGCGUCAGAGCGGCGUCGGGCCUGGCGGGAAAGUCGAAAACUACGGGCGGCGACGGCUUCUCGGAAGUAAUUUAAGUGCACAAGACAUUGGUCAAAAUGGUUUCCAAAAGAAGACUGUCAAAAUCUGAGGAUAAAGAGAGCCUGACAGAAGAUGCCUCCAAAACCAGGAAGCAACCACUUUCCAAAAAGACAAAGAAAUCUCAUAUUGCUAAUGAAGUUGAAGAAAAUGACAGCAUCUUUGUAAAGCUUCUGAAGCUGUGGAUCAAAUAGCUUUCCAAAAGAAGCUCUUUCAGACCCUGAGGAGACACCCUUCCUAUCCCAAAAUAAUAGAAGAAUUUGUUAGUGGCCUGGAGUCUUACAUUGAGGAUGAAGACAGUUUCAGGAACUGCCUUUUGUCUUGUGAGCGUCUGCAGGAUGAGGAAGCCAGUAUGGGUGCAUCUUAUUCGAAGAGUCUCAUCAAACUGCUUCUGGGGAUUGACAUACUGCAGCCUGCCAUUAUCAAAACCUUAUUUGAGAAGUUGCCAGAAUAUUUUUUUGAAAACAAGAACAGUGAUGAAAUCAACAUACCUCGACUCAUUGUCAGUCAACUAAAAUGGCUUGACAGAGUUGUGGAUGGCAAGGACCUCACCACCAAGAUCAUGCAGCUGAUCAGUAUUGCUCCAGAGAACCUGCAGCAUGACAUCAUCACCAGCCUACCUGAGAUCCUAGGGGAUUCCCAGCACGCUGAUGUGGGGAAAGAACUCAGUGACCUACUGAUAGAGAAUACUUCACUCACUGUCCCAAUCCUGGAUGUCCUUUCAAGCCUCCGACUUGACCCAAACUUCCUAUUGAAGGUUCGCCAGUUGGUGAUGGAUAAGUUGUCGUCUAUUAGAUUGGAGGAUUUACCUGUGAUAAUAAAGUUCAUUCUUCAUUCCAUAACAGCCGUGGAUGCACUUGAGGUAAUUUCUGAGCUUCGGGAGAAGUUGGAUCUGCAGCAUUGUGUUUUGCCAUCACGGUUACAGGCUUCCCAAGUAAAAUUGAAAAGUAAAGGACGAGCAAGUUCCUCAGGAAAUCAAGAAAGCAGCGGUCAGAGCUGUAUUAUUCUCCUCUUUGAUGUAAUAAAGUCAGCUAUUAGAUAUGAGAAAACCAUUUCAGAAGCCUGGAUUAAGGCAAUUGAAAACACUGCCUCAGUGUCUGAACACAAGGUGUUUGACCUGGUGAUGCUUUUCAUCAUCUAUAGCACCAAUACUCAGACAAAGAAGUAUAUUGAAAGGGUGCUAAGAAAUAAGAUUCGAUCAGGCUGCAUUCAAGAACAGCUGCUCCAGAGUACAUUCUCUGUUCAUUACUUAGUUCUUAAGGAUAUGUGUUCAUCCAUUCUGUCGCUGGCUCAGAGUUUGCUUCACUCUCUGGACCAGAGUAUAAUUUCAUUUGGCAGUCUCCUAUACAAAUAUGCAUUUAAGUUUUUUGACACGUACUGCCAGCAGGAAGUGGUUGGUGCCUUAGUGACCCAUAUCUGCAGUGGGAAUGAAGCUGAAGUUGAUACCGCCUUAGAUGUCCUCCUAGAGUUGGUAGUGUUAAACCCAUCUGCUAUGAUGAUGAAUGCUGUCUUUGUAAAGGGCAUUUUAGAUUAUCUGGAUAACAUAUCCCCUCAGCAAAUACGAAAACUCUUCUAUGUUCUCAGCACACUGGCAUUUAGCAAACAGAAUGAAGCCAGCAGCCACAUCCAGGAUGACAUGCACUUGGUGAUAAGAAAGCAGCUCUCUAGCACCGUAUUCAAGUACAAGCUCAUUGGGAUUAUUGGUGCUGUGACCAUGGCUGGCAUCAUGGCGGCAGACAGAAGUGAAUCACCUAGUUUGACCCAAGAGAGAGCCAACCUGAGCGAUGAGCAGUGCACACAGGUGACCUCCUUGUUGCAGUUGGUUCAUUCCUGCAGUGAGCAGUCUCCUCAGGCCUCUGCACUUUACUAUGAUGAAUUUGCCAACCUGAUCCAACAUGAAAAGCUGGAUCCAAAAGCCCUGGAAUGGGUUGGGCAUACCAUCUGUAAUGAUUUCCAGGAUGCCUUCGUAGUGGACUCCUGUGUUGUUCCGGAAGGUGACUUUCCAUUUCCUGUGAAAGCACUGUACGGACUGGAAGAAUACGACACUCAGGAUGGGAUCGCCAUAAACCUCCUGCCGCUGCUGUUUUCUCAGGACUUUGCAAAAGAUGGGGGUCCGGUGACUUCACAGGAAUCAGGCCAAAAAUUGGUGUCUCCGCUGUGCCUGGCUCCGUAUUUCCGGUUACUGAGACUUUGUGUGGAGAGACAGCAUAACGGAAACUUGGAGGAGAUUGAUGGUCUACUAGAUUGUCCUAUAUUCCUAACUGACCUGGAGCCUGGAGAGAAGUUGGAGUCCAUGUCUGCUAAAGAGCGUUCAUUCAUGUGUUCUCUCAUAUUUCUUACUCUCAACUGGUUCCGAGAGAUUGUAAAUGCCUUCUGCCAGGAAACAUCACCUGAGAUGAAGGGGAAGGUGCUCACUCGGUUAAAGCACAUUGUAGAAUUGCAAAUAAUCCUGGAAAAGUACUUGGCAGUCACCCCAGACUAUGUCCCUCCUCUUGGAAACUUUGACGUGGAAACUUUAGAUAUAACACCUCAUACUGUUACUGCUAUUUCAGCAAAAAUCAGAAAGAAAGGAAAAAUAGAAAGGAAACAAAAAACAGAUGGCAGCAAGACAUCCUCCUCUGACACACUUUCAGAAGAGAAAAAUUCAGAAUGUGACCCUACGCCAUCUCAUAGAGGCCAGCUGAACAAGAUGGAGUCUCACUCUGUCACCCAGGCUGGAGUGCAGUGGCACGAUCUUGGCUCACUGCAACCUCCACCUCCCGGGUUCAAGCGAUUCUCCUGCCUCAGCCUCCCACGAUUACAGGAGUUCACAGGGAAGGAAGAAAAGACAUCAUUGUUACUACAUAAUUCCCAUGCUUUUUUCCGAGAGCUGGACAUUGAGGUCUUCUCUAUUCUACAUUGUGGACUUGUGACGAAGUUCAUCUUAGAUACUGAAAUGCACACUGAAGCUACAGAAGUUGUGCAACUUGGGCCCCCUGAGCUGCUUUUCUUGCUGGAAGAUCUCUCCCAGAAGCUGGAGAGUAUGCUGACACCUCCUAUUGCCAGGAGAGUCCCCUUUCUCAAGAACAAAGGAAGCCGGAAUAUUGGAUUCUCACAUCUCCAACAGAGAUCUGCCCAAGAAAUUGUUCAUUGUGUUUUUCAACUGCUGACCCCAAUGUGUAACCACCUGGAGAACAUUCACAACUAUUUUCAGUGUUUAGCUGCUGAGAAUCACGGUGUAGUUGAUGGACCAGCAGUGAAAGUUCAGGAGUACCACAUAAUGUCUUCCUGCUAUCAGAGGCUGCUGCAGAUUUUUCAUGGACUUUUUGCUUGGAGUGGAUUUUCUCAACCUGAAAAUCAGAAUUUACUGUAUUCAGCCCUCCAUGUCCUUAGUAGCCGACUGAAACAGGGAGAACACAGCCAGCCUUUGGAGGAACUACUCAGCCAGAGCUUCCAUUACUUGCAGAAUUUCCAUCAAAGCAUUCCCAGUUUCCAGUGUGCUCUUUAUCUCAUCAGACUUUUGAUGGUUAUUUUGGAGAAAUCGACAGCUUCUACUCAGAACAAAGAAAAAAUUGCUUCCCUUGCCAGACAAUUCCUCUGUCGGGUGUGGCCAAGUGGGGAUAAAGAGAAGAGCAACAUCUCUAAUGACCAGCUCCAUGCUUUGCUCUGUAUCUACCUGGAGCACACAGACAGCAUUCUGAAGGCCAUAGAGGAGAUUGCUGGCGUUGGUGUCCCAGAACUGAUCAACUCUCCUAAAGAUGCAUCUUCCUCCACAUUCCCUACACUGACCAGGCACACUUUUGUUGUUUUCUUCCGUGUGAUGAUGGCUGAACUAGAGAAGACGGUGAAAAAAAUUGAGCCUGGCACAGCAGCCGACUCGCAGCAGAUUCAUGAAGAGAAACUCCUCUACUGGAACAUGGCUGUUCGAGACUUCAGUAUCCUCAUCAACUUGAUAAAGGUAUUUGAUAGUCAUCCUGUUCUGCAUGUAUGUUUGAAGUAUGGGCGUCUCUUUGUGGAAGCAUUUCUGAAGCAAUGUAUGCCGCUCCUAGACUUCAGUUUUAGAAAACACCGGGAAGAUGUUCUGAGCUUACUGGAAACCUUCCAGUUGGACACAAGGCUGCUUCAUCACCUGUGUGGGCAUUCCAAGAUUCACCAGGACACGAGACUCACCCAACAUGUGCCUCUGCUCAAAAAGACCCUGGAACUGUUAGUUUGCAGAGUCAAAGCUAUGCUCACCCUCAACAAUUGUAGAGAGGCUUUCUGGCUGGGCAAUCUAAAAAACCGGGACUUGCAGGGUGAAGAGAUUAAGUCCCAAAAUUCCCAGGAGAGCACAGCAGAUGAGAGUGAGGAUGACAUGUCAUCCCAGGCCUCCAAGAGCAAAGCCACUGAGGAUGGUGAAGAAGACGAAGUAAGUGCUGGAGAAAAGGAGCAAGAAAGUGAUGAGAGUUAUGAUGAGUCUGAUUAGACCCCAGAUAAAUUGUUGCCUGCUUCUGUGUCUCUGCCAGCCUGUGAUCAUUUUGUGUUAGAGUUUGAAAUCCGCUGUUUGCCUUUCUUACUGGAAGGAUCCUUUUUUGUUCCUCUUUUUUUUUUUUUUUUUUAAAAGAUGGGGACUCGCUGUGUUUCCCAGGCUGGAGUGCAGUGCUGCAAUCUUGGCUCACUGCAACCUCCAUCUCCUAGGUUCAAGCGAUUCUCCUGCCUCAGCCUCCUGAGUAGCUGGGACGACAGGCACACGCCACCAUGCCCAGCUAAUUUUUGUAUUUUUAGUAGAUACGGGGUUUCACCAUGUCGGCCAGAUGGUCUCGAUCUCCUGAACUCAUGAUCCACCUGCCUCAGCCUCCCAAAGUGCUGGGAUUACAGGCAUGAGCCACCGCUCCCAGCCAUAUUUUGUUCUUAAAGUGGGGUCUUUAUUAACUUGUGGACAUCAUGGAUUGUCUAACACCAUCACAGUCCCUGGCUCAGGAUUCUAAUGUAGCAUUAUUUAUUGGUUUGGAUAAACCCAGCUGUGCUACACUGCAGAGUAAAAUCUCUGAGUCAUGAUUCUGGACUUUGGGAGCUAGUUUUGAAACUCUGAUUUAUUGUAGAACUUAGGCUUGUACCAAUUUUACAAAUAAAUUCCGUUCUAAGUUC